AAAAAAAAACCUAUUUUGUAAUAAAGGGGACAAUUACAAUCAAUCUGGGCAGAAUAUUCUAAUCAUUAAAAUGCCUUUAUCUGGGGCAAAUUAUACAAAAUUAAAAACGCAUUUAAAAUUGGCAAUUAACAGAUUUAAGCUUUUAGAAAAAAAGAAAACUGAAUUAGCUCAAAAAGCCAGAAAAGAAAUAGCUGAUUAUAUUGCUGCUGGUAAAGUAGAAAGAGCAAAAAUCAGGGUGGAGCACAUCAUAAGGGAAGAUUAUAUGAUCGAAGCAUUUGAACUCCUGGAAAUGUUUUGCGAUCGUUUAGUCACACGUCUUGGUCUCAUCGAACUAAAGAAUGGAUUUGAGGAAGAUGUCUUAGAAGCGAUAACAACCAUUAUAUGGGCAGCGCCGCACCUACAAAAUGACGUACAGGAGUUGAAAGUUAUAUCGGAUCUCUUAGCUUUAAAGUAUGGAAAGAAAUUUGUGGAGGAGUGUUUGGAAGGAAGAGCGAUACCUUUUUCACAGAAAACAAAACACAAACUGAGUGUACAAUCUCCAUCAAAAUUAUUAGUAGAAAAAUAUCUCAUCGAAAUUGCAAAAAUAUAUAAUAUUCGAUACGAAGCGGAUCCACAAGUUAUGGCUGGGGGUCAAGACGUUUCGUUAAUUGAUAUUGGAAAUACUGGCCAAACACCAAAUAAUUUAGAUCAAGCAAGCGGUGGUGUACCACAGCCCCCUGGAUUUAUAGGAUUUCCACAGCUUCCAAUGCCACCUAAUAAUAAUGCUAAUAGCUGUGAUAAACCAAUAGGUUUUACAGUACCAAGCUCAUUCAGUUUAUUAGACAAAGAUGAUAAUAAUCAAUUUAAUCCUGCAAAGUUUUCUUAUAACAUUCCUUUAGAUAAAUCCAACAUAAAUAAUUCUAAAGAAAAUUUGCCGUCAUCAUAUGGAUCACUUCCACCAGAUUUAAAUAAACAAUCGGAUGAACACCCAAAACCUCAGCCACGAUCCAAAAUACAAAUGAACGAUUUUAAUUUGCCAGAUUUACCUCCCGUUCCUUCAGAUAACGAAAGGAAAGACGAGGCCGAAGAGAUCGAUUUCGAUGAUUUAAUGAUGCGAUUUGAAAAUCUAAAAAAAUGGGACUAAUUUGCUUAUACCAUAUACUUUAUAUAUUAGAUUUUUUUUUACAAAAUUUAACAAUUCUUAGUUUAAAUUGUUACUUUAUAAUUGUUAAAUAUAUGCACUAUAAUACGAUUGAUAGUGCCAUUGUUUACAAAUGUAAAAUAAUGCUACAAACUUUGUAUUUUUAAUUUUUACAUAAACUUUGUUAAUCCAUAUAUAGAUCUU